AUGCUCAGACUCCUCCUCAUCAGCACCGCCGCGCCCCGAGCCGCACCGCUCGACGCAUCACCACGCGCACGACAAACGCGCCGCAACAUCCUCGGCUGCGGCAGCGCCAUCGGCAUCAUCGCUGCGGCCGCGAACGCGGUACCACCACCAAAAACCAACGUCACCGAAGCGCUAGCAAAAAACAAGGUCGUUGUCCGCCGUCAGGACCUACUGACCGAGGUCGUAAUAGACCCGAAGACGGGCGACGAGCUCCGCGAGAUCCAGCUGCCCGCGGGCUACCCCAAGUCACUGAGGCCGCCGCGUCUCGUCGAGCGCCGCGUCUCAGAAGCGGAGCUCGCGCUGGCCGCGGUCGUCGCGGGAGGCACGACGGAGAUCGCGCGCGUCGCCGCGCUGCACCCGCUCGCGACGCUCAAGUCGCGGGCACAGGCGCGCCCGGGCACGGGCCCGCUCGCGUUGAUCGACGCCGACGGCAACGGCAUCAUCGAGCCGCGGGAAGUGAAGGACCUCUACGCGGGCCUCGUGCCGUCCGUGUCCGCGGCCGCGCGCGCGCGCUCGGCGUCCUGUUUUUGGGGUCGCGUCGAUGGCGUACCGCUUUACCACGUCGAUGGCGUACCGCUCCGCGCCGUCGAGGCGACGCCGCGUCGAUGGCGUACCGCUCCACGCCGUCGAGGCGACGUCGAUGGCGUCGCGCCCCACACCAUCAAUACAACAGUUCCGUGCCCCGCGCAGCCGCGGCCGCGACGUACUACGCCGCGCGCGAAGUCUCGCGGCGGGUCCUCGCGCCCCUGGCGCCGCCGCCGCUCGCGCUGGCCCUGCUCUCGGCGUCGGCCGCGUCGGCGGCGGCGCUCGUGGUCCGCGCGCCGGCCGACGUGCUCGCGACGCGCGCUCAGGUCCGGCGGCGCGGCGAGGAGGUCGCCACAACGACUGCCGAGGCGGCGGCCGUCGGCUUCCGGCGCUGGCCGACGCUCUUCGCGGCCGAGCUGCCGUACAGCCUGCUGCGGAUCCUGGGUCUCGCGGCGCUCGACGCGACCACGCCCACGAAAGGCGGCGUCCUCGACGCGACGGCGCGGACCGUCGCGGUCGCGGUCGUCGCGGCGCUCCUCACGACGCCGCUCGACGUCGCGCGGACGCGCGUCCUGCUCCGGACCGCGCCCGGCGCCGCGGAAUCGGGCCCGCCCGCGCUCGCGGCGACGCUGGCGGAGGUCGCGGCGGAGGGCUCGCUCUUCUCGGGCGCCGCGCUGCGCGUCGCGUACACAGGAGUCGUCGUGGCGGCGUCCAUCCCGCUCCGGACGCUCUUCUACGUCGGGCUCCGGGACUGGAUCAUCCUCGACGAGGUGUUCCAGUUCGACGCAAUCACGUGAGUUUCCUCUCUGGGUAAUUGUGAUUUUGUUAUG